GCGGCUCGACCAUUGUAUUGCUAUUGGAACUUAUCCAUAGUAACGAAAAGCAGAUUGUGUGUCGAUUAACGGACAGCAACGGACAGGCGGGGCGAAGACCCCAUCAGCGGGGCUGGGAAAUAGUGAGCUAUGCAGCACGACAAGAAAAAAUCUCUAGAUGACACAUGGAAAACUGAAGAUCUUAAAAAGCAUUUGAAGGCAGAAAAACAUGGAGAUAAAUACAAGGAAAGACGACCUGUCAAAGAUGAUAAUAAUGAAAAGGCAGAGCGGAGCCAUAUAUUCAUGGACAGAAAAGGAGAGCGGCAUAAAGCCCCAGAGAGGAACACAUUUGGGGAGAUGGAGAUGGCUAGAGAUCAUCAUAGGGAUAAGGAUAAAGUAAAGGACAGAGAUCGGGUGAAGGAAAAAGAUAAAUUUUACCUGUCUGAGAAAUCUAAACCCUUUGAAAGGGAGAAAAUGAGAGACAGAAAACAUGUUGAGGAAGAGCCAAGUAAAUUAUCUAGGCAGUAUGAACGAACAGACAUGGAAGAAGAGAAAGGCAUCAAGGGCCAAGAAAUGAAAGAAAGGGCAGAGAAAAGUAAACAAAGGAGUUCUGAUCGGGAAAGAAGACACAAGGAAAGAAGAGAAAAAGAAGGAAAAAGACGGGAGAGUGAAGAUAAUAUGGAACAAGAUGUGAGACCCAGAAAACAGGAAUUUAAAGAAGAGCAAGAAACAAGGCACCAAAAACACAGAGACAAAGAUACAGAAAGAGAGAGAAGACAUCAUAAGGAUAAUCCAGAGGUAGAGAAGAGACACAGAAGUAGACAAGAAAAGGAAGCACUAGAUGAAAGAAGCAUUCGUCCCCCAAAAGAAGAGUCUUAUGAUAGUGUACGAGCACCGGAAAAACUGAAACAAAAAAACCACCAUGACAGACGCUCAUACGAUGAAAACAGAGAAAAGCGGCAUAAAGAAAAGAGAGAGCGCAGAUCACUACCAAGUGAAAGGAGAAAUACAGAGAAUGAGAAAAAAGAUUAUCACAUUUCUGCUCCAAAAUCAAUUCAAAGGCAGGAAACUGAUGAAGAAAGGGAACCUGAAAAAGAGGAAAUAGCCGAGCAACCUGACAGUGCAGAUGCAGCUUACGAUGACUCAACAAACUAUGAAGAAGAUUUUGAAGAUUAUGAUGAUGACUUUGAAGAGGACAGUGAGAAUGAUGGGGAAGAUAAACCGGAAACAGAAGUAAAAGCAGACAGGAAAGUUGUCUUUAAGAGUGCUGAAAUAGAAGAAAUCCAGAAGGCGAUGCUUUUGGAAAAUGAGAAAAUUGCUUCAUAUGCUUUUCAAGUGCAAACAGCAUACGAGAAGGAAACAAAACAAGACCAACAAGAUAUUCCCUCCAGGAGUAGUCAUCGAGGAACUUUUAUAGAUUUUGGAACAGCAAGAAAACAUCAAAUUAAUCAUUCAGUAGCAAAUAAACAAAAGAAACGCAGCACCGAGAUCCUUCGACUGAUUGAUUUGGACUUUUCGACCACUUUCUCUCUUUUUGAUCUGGCUCCUGUAAAAGAAUAUGAAAUGUAUAUAAGAAAUUUUGGUAAAACAAAUACCAAGCAGGCUUAUAUCCAGUGUAAUGAUGAUUGUAUUGAGCGAGAAGUUCAAACAGAGGAAAUAGAGACUGAAGAGAAAUGGACUCAACAUCCAGGAGAGAGUGCUGUAGUUUCUGGAGGCCAUAAAAGUGAUUCAUCUGUGAAUGUGGGACAUGGAACAAAGUUUGAUUCUCAGCGAUUAACAAGAUUCCUUCACUCUGCAUGUCAGGUCAUUGGUAUUCUCCUUGAAGAAGAAUGCGCUGAUCGGCAGUUUGAUUGGAAGCUGAUGUCCCAAGAACCAUGCAUGUCUAUCAGUGAUGGCUGCUUCCAUUUAAAUACUAACCUACCGUUCCUCCUCAAUCGAACUGUAUACCUGUUACACUUCUCUCAAGCGCAGCGGAAUGUGCUGCUUACAGUACAUGGCUUGUGCAAUGACAGUGCUGUUCCCCUCAAUAACAAGUACAUUAUAUGUGUUUGGAACAUCUGGGAACCUUCCACGCCUCAGAAUAUUCUCUUCUGUGAAUCCCAAGUAAAGUGCUGCUGUUUUAGUCCUAGUAAGGCAUCACUGGUAUUUGCUGGAACAGCGGAUGGCUCUGUGGUAGUGUGGGAUCUGCGAGAGGACUUCAGCAUGCAUCAAACAAUGCAGAUAUUGAAUUCCAAGUGGACAUUUAGAUCUGCCACAUUUUCUACAGAUGCGAUAUUCGCUACUAUAAGCCACACAUGCCCAGUAAAGGGGGUAGAACCGGUUCCCAGCACAGUGUCUAAGGAACAAGGCAUGUCAACAUUUUCUUCCCAUGAAGACAGAUCUGGUUUAUCCUUCCAGAUAGCAUCAUUGGAUGAAAGUGGAUAUAUUAUUUUUUGGGUAGUAGUUGAACUAAGGAAACCAGACUUAGCAGGCUCAUCAAGUGAUUUAGGUUUAAUUCCAGGUGGUAAAGUAAAGCUGGUUCAUAGUUCUGUUAUACAUCUUAAUAACAAUUAUUUUUCAAAAGAUGUAAGUUUAUUGGGAUCACCUCAGACACUAAAUAUUAAGUUCAUGCCUUUGGAUUCCAGCCAUUUUGUUGUUGGAACUGAUAUUGGUGUUAUAACUCACGGUACAUUAAAUGGACUAAUGCAACCGCCAAAGCAGUAUAAACCACUGCAUAGCAAGAUGAGGCCUGCAAAGAUCACUGCAAUUGAUUUCUCCCCAUUUGAAAUACCUGCAUUUUUAGCAGGGUGUUCAGAUGGAUGUAUACGAUUACAUAUGACAAGUGCCGAAGCGCCUGCCUUGCAGUGGACUGACAGUACGGAUGGUCAUUCUAUUACUGCACUGCAGUGGUCUUUAACAAGACCUACUGUCUUCUUUGUCCUGGAUUCUGCUUUUUGUAUUCACAUAUGGGAUUUACUGCAAAAUGAUUUGAAACCAGUAGCCAAAGAGCCCAUCUUGUCUGAUCAAAUACUAAGCAUGGCUGCUGUUGGCGAACCAGAGAAAAACAAAAAUCUUAUGGGUCUAGCUCUGGCAAAAUCCUCAGGAAAAGUGGAAAUCCAAUAUAUCAAUAAAAAGUGGGCCAAACCUCAGCCAAAGGAAAUCGAGAAACUUCAGAUGAUCAUUAAUGAGAUUUUAUAACAUUUAAAAAAAUAUUUUGUUAAGCACGAAAUUUUGUUUGGGGAAAAAAGAUCUAUAUUUAUAUAGACUGGUAAAAUAUUUUUAUGAAAUAACCAAAAUAUAAUAUUUAUUGCACAUUUUUAUACCUAUUAGUUAUCCUUUUUUUCAUAAGCACUUCAUUUUUCAGGUUGGCAAAUAAAAUUGCAGCAUUAAUGUUCUAGUAAAGUGCAUAGAUGCUUCAAAGACUGUACUUACCUUGGUGAAUUAAGUUUAAUAAAGGUGAUUUUCAAUAUUUUUGAGGUGGAUUCAGUAGGAAA